UCCGUAACUCUCUAUAGUCUCUGCUUCACUUAUGCCCUAGCUUCUUCUUUUUCUUCUUACUGGUCUCUUUAUUUUCUUCUUGAAGCCUUUCUCCAGCCCAAGAUUUUGUCUCGAAAUGCCAUCGCCCAACGAGUACGAUAAUGUCCCCAUGCUUCCAGUUUCAGCCACAUCAUCAUCUCGUACUUCCCCAGGAAACACUUCUUCCACCAUUGACGUAUUUGAAAACUCGACUGUUGUUUUAGGCUACACAGAUCCUGUUGGGACCCAGAGAAGGCCUCCAUUAGUGAAAAUGAGUGACCCUCUUGCCUCUACUCGCAGUACUGUGCCUCCCUUUACUCUUCCUCCUGGUGGUUCUUUUGAUUCUGGCACUUCUGAUUCUUCGUUACAUAAUGCUCUGGAUGAGGAUGACGCUAAAGGCUGGGAUAGGCGAUUUGCUACAUAUGCUGAUAAAUACUUACCCAAAAUCAGGAAUCCGCACUCUAAACACGCUCAGAUCUGGACCAAAUUCUUUGUCCUUUCAUGCUUGUUGUCUAUUUUCGCAGAUCCCCUCUUUUUCUUCCCCAUAGAAGUCUAUAAGAAAGACAUGUGCAUGAGGAUCGAUUGGCGGACGACUAAUGCAUUGGUAGCUGUUAGAAGUUUAACUGAUGUUUUAUUCGGUGUAAACAUCCUGCUUCAGUUCCGAUGGGCAUAUGUAGCUCCUGAGUCUACGGUUGUUGGUGCUGGCCAGUUGGUUGUUGAUCCAAUAAAAAUUGCUAGCCGUUACUACCGAGGAAAUUUCUUCCUAGACUUGUUCAUAGUGUUGCCACUUCCACAGAUAUUGUUAGUAGGGGUAAUUCCACAACACUUGGGUACAUCUUGGGCAAACAGUACAAAGAACCUUUUACGCUUUGUGGUUCUUGUCCAAUACAUUCCAAAGUUACAUAGGCUUUUUCCUCUUCUAGCCGGACAAACACCAAAAGGGUUCAUAGUUGAGUCGGCAUUGGCUAAAUUUUUUAUAAAUCUUCUCACCUUCAUGCUUGCUGGUCAUGUUGUUGGCUCUUGUUGGUAUCUUUUUGGUCUGCAGAGAGUUAAUCAUUGCCUUCGAGAUGCUUGCGGUAAUUCUGGUUAUGAAUGCAAACAACUAAUAGAUUGUGGUCGUGAAAAAAAUAGCCAAAUUUUACAAGCGUGGAGAAGAAAUGUUAGUGCCAAUGCAUGUUUUCAAGAGGACGGUUUUCAUUACGGAAUCUAUUGGAAGGCAGUCAAUCUCACCACUAACACUACUGUUUGGUACACAAGAUACAGUUACUCUCUUUUCUGGGGGUUUCAGCAAAUCAGCACGCUUGCUGGAAACCAAGUCCCAAGUUACUAUUUCGGGGAGGUCUUAUUUACCAUGAUUAUCAUCGGUCUGGGGCUUUUGCUUUUCGCGUUUCUUAUUGGUAAUAUGCAGAACUUCCUUCUGUCUCUCGGCCGCAGGGAUAUGGAAAUGACUCUAAGACGCCGUGAUGUAGAGCAUUGGAUGAGCCAUAAACGGUUUCCAAAAGACAUAAGAAAGAGGGUGCGAGAUGCUGAGCGGUUAAACUGGAAUGCUACAAGAGGAGUCAACGAAGAAUUGCUCUUUGAGAAUAUGCCUGAUGACCUUCAAAGAGAUAUAAGACGACACCUCUUCGCAUUUCUCAAGAAGGUGAGGAUAUUUUCGAAGAUGGAUGAACCAAUUUUAGAUGCCAUCCGUGAGAGGCUGAAACAUAAGACUUACUUGAAUGAUAGCAUUAUCUUGCACCGCGGAGAUCUAGUUAAAAAAAUGGUAUUCAUAGUGAGAGGCAAGAUGGAGAGUACUGGAGAAGACGGUUCUAGUACUACUUUAUUAGAGGGAGACGUUUAUGGUGAAGAGCUUCUCACUUGGUGCGAACGCUCUUCUCUAAACCCUGAUGGGACUAGGAUAAGGAUGCCAUCAAAGGGAUUGCUUAGCAACAGAGAUGUUAAGUGCGUGACGAACGUGGAAGCGUUUUCACUCAGUGUAGCAGAUCUUGAAAACGUCGUGACCUUGUUCCCGACUCUCGAGAUUCCUAAGGAGUCAUAGAGUGCAAGGAUCCAUAAGGUAUGAAUCUCCAUAAUGGAGGCUACGAUCUGCUAGGCAGAUUCAAGUGGCUUGGAGAUACAGAAGGAGAGGGCCUCGGAGAUUGUACUGCUCUGUCUAUUAGAUUUUAAUCUUCAUUCUCGAUGGAUAUAUAAGCUUGGUGGUUGUCAUACAACUAUAUUAUACGAUGUAUAUGUCACUUUAAUAAGAUCAUUUUCACCUAAGUUUAGAUUGCUAAACAUCUCAACCGUAGUUACCCCCUUUCAAAUUCUCUUCCUUCAAAGAUUACAUGUAAAUUUCCAACUUUCUUACUUGUAUAAAUUGUGAAAAGC